AUGGAUGAGGGUUCCGACAAGGCCCCUCGACGAAAGAGGGUCUCACGCGCCUGCGACCGCUGUCGCAGCAAAAAGGACAAAUGCGACGGCAUUCGUCCCACAUGCUCCGCCUGCCAGGCCACCGGCCAAUCCUGCUCCUACGACCCCCACGCAAAGAAACGCGGUCUCCCCGAGGGCUACGUCCGCGGACUCGAGAAGCUCUGGGCGCUAUCGAUAUGUAACAUCGACGGGUUCGAGGAUAACAUGCUGGCCAUGCUCGGCGCGACCGCCGACUCUGCCGAUCGUCGCGCUAAAUUGAUGUCUAUCUGGUCCGAGGAUACUUCUUCCGAGAGUUUACAUGAAACUUGGAAAACGAGUCGUCUUUAUGGUGCGCUGGAGAAAAUGCUCUCCAGCUCGGAACAGACUCCUGCGACAGCUGCCGGGACGGGGAAACGGUCGCGCAAUCCGAAUGAUGAUCUAGAUGGUGGUUGGGGGUAUCGCUUUGGGAGAGAAUCGAGUCCACUAGGCCCGACUGCGCCGCGAAUUGUCGGUCCUGUUUCACUUUCGCAUUCGUCCUCGCACUCGCCCACUGCGAAGCGCACACGAUUGGCACAGUCGCAGUCACAGUCACAGUCACAGUCGCACUCGCAUCCACAGUCCGAUCGCGGUAUCACCUCUUCCUCUCCGCAAACUCUCCAAUUACCCGCGCAAACCUCCCAACUCCUCGACAUCUACUUCGCAGCAACACACUCCUGGCUCCCAAUCCUCGCAAAACACAAUACCCUCCGCGCCUCCUACCUCUACGCAAACACCGCCGUCUCACUCACAGCCACAAGCCCCGGUUCCGGCGACCACGCCGCACUAUGGGCAAUCCUCAGCUACACAAUCACUCAAUCCCGAACCGAUCCUCGCUCCAGUCCCGCCGGCACACUCUCACUGGCAAAAGAGUACUACACCAUCUCGCGCCAUCUCAUUCCUCUCGAAAAAGACCGAUACGAACUCGGUCACAUCCAGGCAUUACUACUACUCACGUUGGUGAAUAUGGGACUGGAAGAUUGGACAGCGGCAUGGUUAUUAAGUGGACAAGCAGUGCGCAUGGCGAUUGCGAUUGGUCUGGGCACUUCCACAGAUAUGCGACGAUCUGACGAGACGAGGCAGGGCAAGGCGGUGUUUCUGGGCUGUUUUGUUAUCGAUUCACUUCUUUCUUUCCGGCUUCGGCGUUGUCCGGCUAUGUCGGCGAAUGAUAUUGCACCGGUCGGUUUAUUGGAAGAAGAUGGAUUGGAAGAGUGGAAUUCUUGGGCGGAUGUUCUUCCUACGGCCGGCGCCAGCACAAGCACCAGCGCCAGCACCGCGCAUGGGAAAGUUCCCCCUCGUCGGGGACCGCUGAUGUCUCUAAGCUGCUUCAAUCGCCUGGUCGAACUAGCCAGUGUUCUGAACAAGAUCUCGCGCAAUCUCUCAAUGGGGUACAAACCCUCCACAUUCGCACAGCAACUAGUCAUGGACCUAAAACAAUGGGACGACGGACUCCCACUCGGCUGUCGUCUAAUCGGUCCGGAAAGUAUCUACCCAGAACGACACUCGGCACUACUACCGCACCAAAGUUAUCUAGGACUAACAUAUGUCGCGACCCUACUCUGGUUGUAUAUCUCUCUCAUCCCGGGAGAACAGGGCUUACAUCGCUCGCAACGACCCGCGACCGAGGGUGCGAAGAAAUUACUUUAUCGCGGGUUAUCCAUGUUGGCGCAGCAUCUGGAUAAUUUCCCGAUUUGUGGUCUGCCGCCUAUGUUUGAGUUCGGUCUUCGGACUAUCUCUGAACAGGCGUUCUCUUUACGGCAGAAUGUUGAUGCGCCGGAUUCGUUCCCGUUUGUUCGGUGGGCGGAUGAGUUUCGUCAGAAGACUGCUGCUCUUGUGUCGAGUUGGCCUGCUUAUGGGUCUCUUGUUGUGGCGAUGGAGCGGUCUCAGCAGACACAAUCACAGACACAGACCCAGCCGAAUGGGUAUAACCCGUCAACAACAACCUUUGGAAGUGGAGUCAUGCCAGCGCCGAUCACGGGCGUUCCGAGUGUACCUGUUCCUGUGCCUGAGCAAGUAAACUACGCAUCUUCCAUCAUGGGAAUCAGCAUGCCGGUAGACGGGCAGUCAUUAACGCCAAAGGACACUAUCAUGGAGAACACGGAUCUAGCCAUGAUGCCAGUGGAUAAUAGGUCUGGACCAUUAGAACCAAUGGAGAUGGAGAAACUACCACAAUCACAAUCGCAACCACAACAACGACCAGAUGCAGUAUAUCCAUCUCAUCCACAACCACACCCACACCCACACCAACAUUCACAACACCCCUCAACCCCCGACUCACCCUCAAUCCUAUCCAAUUCCACAAAUCCAAAUCCAAAUCCCUACCCAACCUCCAACUCUAUACCCGGCCCCGGUCCAGUCCCAGUCCCCGUCCCCGAAGAUCUAGACGCAAUAUUCAAAGACCUAGCCUACCUCGACACAACAGAAUGGUCUCACAACCGCGAAGCAGGACUGAAAGAUUUCGGAUUCCUGAGAUGA